UUGAAAUGAUUCUGUUUGGGCUCAUCUUUUUGUUUAAUAUUAAAUCAGUUUGCACAUUGAACGAGGACAUCCUUGUGCAACCAUAUCAUGUCAUGGUGGUCUCGAAGGGAGACAGUGUGAAUCUAACUUGCCUCCAUACAUAUAAUGCGGCUAUUCUGUGGUUCAAGCAGAUUAUUGGACGGAAGCCGGUUCUCAUCGUUACAUCAUAUCCACAUUCCUUUAUAUUUAACAUCAAAGAUCUGAAACCUGAACACCUUAAUGUGAGCAGAGGAGUCAAUAAUUGUAAUCUGACCAUCACCCAGACUCAGCUAGAGGAUUCAGCCACUUACUACUGUGCACCUCAAUCCAUUGGCAUCACAUUUGGAGACGGAACUCUUCUAAUUGUUAAAGAAUUUGAACCAAAAAACAGAACUAUUGUGCAGCACUCGGUGUCUGAGUCACAUAAACCAGGAGACUCUGUGACCCUAAACUGCACAAUACCCACUGAGAUCUGUGCAGGAGAACACAGUGUCUAUUGGUUCAGACAGGGUUCAGGAGAAUCCCGUCCAGGAAUCCUUUAUACCCAUGGAGGCAGGAGUGAUCAGUGUGAGAAGAGCCCUGAGGCUGGGUCUCCUACACAGAGCUGUGUCUACAACCUCCCCAAGAGGAACCUCAGCCUCUCUGAUGCUGGAACUUACUACUGUGCUGUGGCCUCAUGUGGAGAGAUACUGUUUGGAAAUGGGACCAUGCUGGAUAUUCAAGAUGGUCAGAAUCGUCUUGUUUUUCUCAUUCUCUUUUGCCUGACAACCGUAUUGAUUCUGAGUGUGACUGUCAACCUUAUCUUCUGUUGGAAAGUGAAGAGGACAAGUUGUCACCUCUGUUCAGCGAGGCUCGGUGCUUCCUCUCAGCAAACUGGCAGUUCUCAUGUCAAUACAUCAGCAGAACAGGUCAAUGAUGACAGAAAACAGUACUACGCAGCUUUGAAUUUUUCUGAUAAGAAGACCACUAAAUCUGGGACAAAGAGAAGGGAACUGAAAGAUGAAACCAUCUACUCUGGAGUGAGAUAUGAUGGUAACCAGUGAGAACCAAUUGGUUUAACUGUCUUUUAAGACCCACUUCUGUUUUUAAAAUUUCCUUAGAAGAAACAAGACCAAUGCAAAGCUGAGUUUAGGUCAAAAAUCUCAAUGCGCUACUGCACAUCGUAUGUAGUCACCAUAUGCAGCUCUUUAAGCCACCAGGGUGCACAGACAUGUAUUGUUACUAUGUUGUUGGUGCUUCUAAUGUUUUUGCUUGCCCCAAUGACCCCACCGAUUCUGUACUCUACUGUACUGUACCGUACUGCUUGGCAUGACUCUUAUAAUGCUUCCUGCUUUUGUUAUUGGUUCAGUGUAUGUACCCCUUGGACAGGGAGUGGAUACAUCUCCUUGGGCAGAGCUACAAAGCCAAGACAAAAUGUUAUGCCAUUUUUGUUUAAUAAAUGGUUCAAAUUAAUUUGUGAGUAUUGCCGACUGAAAUAUUGUAAGUGUGUGUGUAAGGUGUACAAAACUCACC